CAGGUGCCAGCUGAAGGAAGAAACGGAGCACCAAAAUAAUGGCCGCUCUCCGCCACCUAGCCGGCGCCACCCACAACCACCGUAUCGCCGCGAACACCUCCUCCCUCUUCGAACUCCAGCGGCCUCCUUCCUGCCUUGCUGUCGCCGCGGCGCGGCCCCUCCGCCUCGCGCCCCUGCGCUCCCGCUCCCCCACCAGACUUUAUUCGCUCUCCAGCAACGACAUCAAGGUAGGAUUCAACCUCGAGGUUGACGGCGCGCCGUGGAAGAUUAUUGAGUUUCUCCAUGUGAAGCCUGGAAAAGGUGCUGCUUUUGUGAGGACAAAAAUGAAAAAUUAUAUCUCUGGAAACACAGUUGAGAAAACCUUUCGAGCUGGAAGUACGAUCCAGGAAGCUUCUAUUUCUAAGGAAACCAAACAAUUUACAUACAAGGAUGGAUCCCAGUUUGUGUUCAUGGAUCUGACGACCUUUGAAGAAAGUCGCUUAAACGAGUCAGAUGUUGGUGACAGGCAAAAGUGGUUGAAAGAGGGAAUGGACUGCAUUUUGUUAUACUGGAACGGACGGAUCAUCGAUUUUGAUCUUCCCAUCACUGUUAGGCUGACCGUAACUGAGACUGAUCCAGGGCAAGGUGACAGUGCACAAGGAGGAACAAAGCCUGCAACCCUGGAAACAGGAGCUGUGAUCAAUGUGCCUUCUUUCGUUGAUGUGGGCGAUGAUGUCCUUAUUGAUUCCAGAACCGGCCAGUAUAUGAGUCGGGCAUAGAGUGGAUACUGGACAAAACACCAGCAGACAACUAGUUUUUCUCGUUCGCAACAAUUUUGGUUUAUUUAUUGACCUUAUGAGAGUUCACAACAUUGCUCAUUCGUUUCACCGUGCAUGAAAUUCUAUUGAAACUUUUUACAA